AUGGGGGAGCGGCGGGGGGCGGCGGUGAGGGCGGCGGCGGCCGGGCUGGUGCUGGGGGCCGCCGCCUGCUACUGCCUGUGGCGGCGGGCGGCGGGAGGGGGCCGCCGGCGGGGGCCGCCCUCAGUGACAGACAAAAGUCCUCCAGAGUCACCCCAUACCAUGGAUGCGGAUGCUCUACAGAAACUUAUUCAUUUGCUCCAGGCCACAGAUGAUCCAUUAAUUCAAGAGCAAGCUUUAAUCACUCUCAGCAACAGUGCCGCCUUCUCUGUAAAUCAAGAUAUAAUUCGAAAUCUGGAUGGCCUUUCUGUUAUUGGAGGAAUGCUCUCGGAUUGUGUUCCCAAAGUUACAGAAAAAGCACUAAAUGCACUUAAUAAUUUGAGUAUGAAUAUUAAAAAUCAGGAAGAGAUACAGGUAUAUAUUGAACAAGUUUGUAAGAAUGUUGAAUCAGCCCCUCUGAAUUCUGAUCUGCAGCUCGCUGGGCUCAGGUUGUUGACAAAUAUGUCUGUUACCAGUGACUACCACCAUAAGAUGAUAAACCAGAUCCCAUGCCUUCUUCGUGUGCUUUCGGAAGGAUCUGAAAGAACACAGAUCCAAGUUUUGAAAGUACUUGUGACCUUAUCUGCAAACCCAGCCAUGACAAGACAUUUUCUCAGAGCUCAGAUGCCAUCACUGCUGUUACUUUUUGACAACUGCAUGAACAAAGAUAUUCUGCUUAGAGCCCUGGUGUUUGCAGCAAAUUUGAAAAAGAAUGUGAACAAUGAAGGUGGCUCGAUGAUUCAGGACCAAUACAGUGAAGAUUCAGUUUUCUCUAUACUCUGCAGGGAUUCUACCCCAUUUGCUCAGAAGCUGGCAUCUUUAUGGCAUCACCCUGAUCCAGAAGUGAAAGAGCAAGUUGUGAGAAUAUUAACACGAUAGUAAUUUUAAGAAGUGACUGACAAAAAUAUCUAAUCUUAAGAUUAGAUGUAAAAGAGUACUGAAUAGGCAUAAAUCAGUUAUUACAAAAGAGAUGGAAAUAUAUUUAAUAGAGAGAGCAUACCAGAUGUCUUAUAAAAGAUAAAGCAGAAAGUUAUUGGCACUGAGAAGCCACUAUCCAGGUGGUACAUGUAAACAGAGGGAGGCACAGUUUAAAGCAGGAAUGUUUUUAUAUACAGAGUGAAUAUUUAAAUGGAUGAAUAAAGUCAAUCUAAAUAUUCUCAAUGUCAUAUUUUAUGCCUUAGAUAUUUACAGCUAUUGAAUAUCUUGAGAAUGAUACAUCAAAGAUUCAGGACUUCAGUUCAGGCAUUUACAUUUUACUACUCUGAUAUCUAUUAAGAAGCUACAGGCAAAUCUUAGAAAAUCUUAAACAAAAACAGUGCCAAACUACCACUGACUUCCUGCAGAAAUAGUAUUUUCAAUGAAAAUUAUAGAUUAAAAUUAUCCAACGCUUUUUUUUUUACCUUAACUGCAGAGAAUGCUAAGCAUAUAAAAAUGUAGUAUGAAAAUAUAUCCAUCCCAUUUAGCUAAACUGCAGUGCAGUUAACUGCAACAUGGAAUGUUUCCAUACUUGAACAAAAUCAUACGGAUUUUUAUCUCCCUUAAGCAAUAACUCUAAAGGAAAGCAUACAUAUUUUUCAAAAUACUUUAUUUUGAGCCAGAUUAUCUGCACCUCUGCUUUACUAUCGUCAUUAGAGAAGUGUCAUGCACAUUUUUACAAAAGCUUCCUGUUCAGGAGAAGCCCUCAAGCCUGCUUGGAGAGACUCAAUGGGAGCUCAUGGAGAGCUCUAUUCCAUUCAUCAGCAUCACUGGAACAUCAGUGGAAUAGGUGCUUCUGUUGAGUUAGCCACCAUAAAUUUUCAGUCACUUCUGCAGCAUCAAUUCAAAAUGAAAUGGAAUACAUCUAAACGUCGUAAAGGAAACUGAAGGAAGUUUCACUGAUAAACACAGAACAUGUAGUAAACACUUUACAUUAAAACAAGACUACUGAAACUUCCAGAACACCAAACCAUGGAGAAAAUAGUGUCAGAUGUAUAGGCUGGAAAACUUAAAAGAACUGUGUUACCUACAUCAUUACCAGAUGCUUCAUCUUUUUAAGUUAAUACAUACACUCCACUGUUAA